AUGUGUUUUAUAUGUCGAAUAGAGGAUUUUUGCCGUCGAAUUAGAAGAAGAAGAAGAGAAAGGAGGGUGAGAAGGGAUAGUGACAAUUGUAACAAUGGACGGAACAGAAGAAGGAGAUGGUUCUGGCAGCGAUCUAGACCCUCAAACUAUCAACGACCAAAUCCUGGUUGGCCGCCAAAUUAUGACUCAGAUACACCACAGACCUACAAUAUAUCAAAUAGGGAAGACCCACCUCCCCAGUCAGGUGGUAGAACUGAGGCACAUAUGCCACCGCCGCCGUAUCUAGACCCCCCUCCGCCUUAUUCCAGCGAUGAACAAGCCACCAUAUCAGCAUCAACAACUGUACCAGAACGAAAAAGGAUUGGAGAACCUGUUGAAAUCAAGUAUGGAGAUCCAAUUUACGAAUUCUUAUACUCCUCCCCCUCUGAAUUGGCCACUACAUCAGCAUCAUCAUCUGAAUUAGAUCGACGCGAUAGGCAUCCUACAAGUGUGUAUGCUGGUGUUCUUCGAAAAAAGCGAUGA